UAGAAUAAUAUUACGUUCCUUUAGCUUUUUUCCAGCCGGGCAAACCCAUAUAUUCAGCGAAAUCUGUAAGAUUUCGAAUAAGUCAUCCUAAAUCCCCAAGGGAGAUUGAAAUGAACCUCAAACAUUUGCCAGUGCAAAAGCCAGUUGAUGACAUGUUUGGAUGGACAUACACUUCGCCAGAAUUUCCAAUGACACAGGAAAAUCGUUUGCAGCCAUUCAAGCUGCCAGAACCCGUUCUUUGCAUGGGUGGAUAUUUGCAGAUUGAGUUAUUGGGUAGGAUUCAAAGACAAGAAAUGGAUGGAUUGUUCUACAUAUGCGUGUGUCAUGUUCGAGUUCUUGGGCGGCCCGUGUAUCCUGCUUUUGACGUAGAGAUCCUCGAACCACACGGAAAGUUACUGCUCAAGUAUAACCCCGAGGCUCUUAGCUCUGUUCUGAAAAGCGUUUCCAGUGAUGACAUCCCGCACAUGCGCCAACUAGAAGAAAAGAUGAUGUGGGAACGCGUAAGUUUACUGGAUAUUUUGUUGCGUGGGAUACAACAUGGGCCAACCAACCUCGGUGUCUUUGGCGACGAGGAAGAUGAAGAUAUGGAUGAGGUUCUUAUUUUGUAAUUCUGCUGCAUUCCCGUCUUUCCACAAGUCGUAUAUUUCUAGACUUCAUCGCACUCUUCGUGAGUUAGUGCAUAUGUACAUUAUCUUAUUUUUCGUUCUCCUAGCACUUGUGAACGGUUAACCUUUAUAUUUUCUCGAGUAAAAAUUAUGUAUUUUGAAGUGCUUGCAAUACUUA